UACGAGCUUAUUUACAAUGACGGUUCGGAGUCUCUCUUGGCUGGAUUACGUGGUCAUCGGAGGCUACUUCGUUUUCGUAUUAGCUGUGGGGCUAAUUUCAUCCCGACGAAGCAAGGGCGACAGCAUCAGCGGGUACUUCCUGGCGUCGAGAAAUAUGCACUGGAUUCCGGUAGGAGCGUCGCUGUUCGCAAGCAACAUCGGCUCCGGUCACUUCAUCGGCCUGGCAGGCUCCGGCGCCGCGUCCGGCAUCGGCAUCGCCGCCUUCGAGCUCAACGCAAUUUAUGCCCUGGUGCUUCUGGGAUGGGUGUUCGUGCCAGUGUACAUGAGCUCCGGCGUGUACACAAUGCCGGAGUACCUAAGGGAGCGCUUCGGCGGACAGAGGAUCAGAGUUUACCUCUCCGUCCUCGCUCUCCUUCUCUACGUCUUCACUAAAAUAUCGGCAGAUCUAUAUGCCGGUGCUCUGUUCAUACAAGAAGCUAUCGGCAGAAACUCGCAGGAGUGGUUCUACCUGAGCGUCCUUAUUCUGCUGGCGAUAUCCGCGCUCUUCACGAUCACUGGUGGACUGACCGCCGUAAUAUGGACAGAUUUCGUCCAAGUGGUCCUCAUGGUCGUCGGGGCUUUCGUUCUCAUGUUCAAAUCAUUCGAAGCUGUUGGUGGCUACGAGAAACUACCAGAUCAAUUUUUGUACUCGUCUGCCGCAAACGUGAGCAAGCAGUACGAUUCCUGCGCCUACCCCCCGUCCUAUUCCAUGAACUUCUUCCGGUCCGCUACUCCGGGGGAGAGCGACUUGCCCUGGACGGGCUCCAUCUUCGGUGUCGCUAUCGCUUGUGUAUGGUACUUCUGCACGGACCAGGUCAUCGUUCAGCGAACUCUAGCGAGCAAGACGAUGGUGUACGCAAAGAGCGGCUGUUUGUUGGCAGCUGCGUUGAAGUUCCUGCCACUGUGGCUGCUGGUGUUCCCCGGGAUGGCAGCUCGAGUUCUCUUCCCCGACGAAGUUGCUUGUGUUGAGCCUGAGAAGUGCAAGAGCAUCUGCGGUAGCGAGGGCGGCUGUACUAACAUCGCAUACGUCAAGCUUGUCCUCGAACUUCUGCCGAACGGUUUGCGCGGUAUGAUGCUGGCGGUGAUGAUGGCCGCUCUCAUGUCCUCCCUGACGUCCAUCUUCAACUCGGCGUCGACCAUCUUCACCAUGGACAUUUGGAUCAGAGUCCGCAGCAAGGCCUUCAAGAAGAAGAGCCUCCGAGACAUCGAGGUGGAGCAGCUGAUCGUUGGGCGCGUCUUCGUGCUGGCGCUCGUCGCCAUCUCCGUCAUCUGGAUACCCGUCAUUCAAGGGUCGGCCAACUCGCAGUUGUUCAUGUACAUCCAAAGCAUUUCUUCGUUCUUGUCACCACCCAUCUGCGCCGUGUAUCUCCUCGCCAUAUUCUGGAGGCGCACCACGGAACCUGGAGCAUUCUGGGGACUCAUGACGGGACUCGUGGUCGGAAUCGUUCGAUUUACGAUGGAGUUUUCGUUUACGGUGCCUCCGUGUGGAUCGAUGAAGCCUGACCUACGUCCGGAAAUUAUCAAGCUUCUUGUAGGAAACCUCCACUUCCUGAACUUCAGUAUCCUACUGUGGGCGCUAACCAUGGUGGUUACAAUAGCUGUAUCCUACCUCACGGAGCCCAUCCCAGAAAAAUGCUUGCCGCGCCUCACGUUCAGUACCCGACGCAGCACGGAGCCCAGGGUGUCCAUAAGGAUGGUCAUGGAUGAGGAGGAUGCACAAGAUAACGACCUGGCUGCGAAACUGUCGCAGACAGUUUCUCCGACACUUAAAAAAGAAUCUACGUUGAAGAAGUUACUCUACCGUAUGUGCGGAUAUUCAGAAACAACGGCAGCCACGUUGGAAAACGAUAACGUAAAUUGUGAAAGCAAAUCCGAAGCCGAGAGAAUUUUGGAAGCCGUCAAAUUUCUGGAAGAAGAACCUACUCAAAAAUUGAUCGUGAAUGGCUUGGCGAUAUUUUGCAUGAUGAUGGCGUCGGGGGUUUUGGGCUACUACGCGUGAUCCACGGCUGCAGAUAUUUUCUUCGAUCUUAUAUUUUGAUCUAUUGUUAAUUGCCAUUCGCAAACGGACCUUACACACUAAGUAAAUUCUUUUAGCUGUGUAUACAGUGAGACUGUCAUGGCUCCCGGUUUCACAUCAGAGAUUUAGAGUGUUUAACUUAGAAAGCUUAACGUUUUUGUAGCAUAUUCGUUUGCUUGUUGAUGUUGGCUACCUACAGCAUUGAUGAAGAAGGUAGAGAAAAAUACUGCACCUUUUCUGAGUGCACAGUUAACACCUUGUGAACGAAAUAUAUAUGUUUGGAUAUA